GUUACAUAAAAACUCCGGCACAGUUUACGCAAGUAUGGCAGUGGCGGGCAAGAGUGCAAACCGACAGGCCGCGCCGCGCGCCGCGCCUACCUCUUACACUCACGAAAUAUACUUCGCAACUUAACUGCGCUCGAUAUUUUUUUUUAAAUUUAGUUUUUCUCACCGACCAGAAAUUAACAAUAGAUUUUAUCACAGAUUAACAAUAGCACGGUAUUAUGCGAAUUUAUUGGAUAAAUGAUAAUGUUAUUGGUUUAUCGAUAAAGAUAAUAAUCUAUCAAGCGCUGUCCGCAUCUGUCACUUCUACGUGACGGUGGUUGUGAAACGGCUAUCUCGUAUGUUAGAGAGUAGAGAAUAACAAGAUAUGGUGAAAUAGGAGGUUAGAUAUAAGUCGUACAAGGAAGUGCGGUACCGUGAGGAAAAUGGUGAAAUGUUCUAGGAAGGGUUUUUCGCUGUCGGACCUAUGGGUGUCAUCGCACGAUAAGUUAAGCGACUUCUACUUGUCGGCAUGGCAGCGCGGAGAGUCACCCGUGCCGCUCUUGCUGGUGCGGCUCGCGCUGGCGGCGGUGGCCAGCGGCAUCCUUAUAUGGUCGCUGGUGGCCGGAGCGGGCCCUUACUGGCUCAUCUACCUCACCAAUUGGGGCCUACUUCUCGUCACCAUGAUGACGCUCAGCGGUCUUCUCGUCUCUUGUAUGUCACUUUGCAGACCACUUACCGAUGCAGUUGAGCUGCCAUGGUACGUGAGCAUGUACUGGCUGAUGUACAACAUCACAGUCAGUAUUGCCAUCAUGAUCACACUGCUCUACUGGAUACUGCUCUUCGAUCCUGAGGAGACCAAUGACGGGAGCUCACAAGGUGACAUCUGGCUGGACGUGGCAACACACGGCAUCAACUCGUGCAUAACACUGGUGGAAGUGUUGGCAGCACGCACACCCGCGCGGCUGUUACACGUCUACCAACCGCUGGGAGUUGGUCUGUGGUAUGCAGCGUUUUCCGCCGUCUACUACGCGGCUGGCGGGACCGACGGCAAUGGCUACCCCUUCAUAUAUGAGAUAUUAGAUUGGCGGCAGGGCGCUCGUGCUGGGACCGUAGUGGCAGCAUCCACCGCUUGUUUAAUAGUCAUCUACGUUCUAGUUUGGGGCACAACUUUGUGCAGAGAGAAACUCUCCCUAGCAACGAUACGUACCACCAGCCAUACCUUGCCGUUAACUCCGCCCGAUCCUCACACGCAAAUUGUAUGAUUAUUAUCCGACGAAAUGUCAUAUUUUAACACAGAUUAUAUUGUGUAAUUGUGCAAUGUAAACCUGGAUUGAAAAUGACGUGACACUUGUAUACGAACACUAUUGCUAUCUUUUUAUAUUCAAAUAGAAUGAGAGAGAUGGCAUUAUUUUUGAAAUACAGGUGCUACGACAAUGGAGAUUCAUCGUUAUAUUGAUAUGUUGUACUUAAUUUGUGACUGGCUAUAAAUUAUGACUUUUGUGAUAGGCUAAAAUAUUUAUUAGCCUUUGUGAUGGGCCAUGAAUGUCAAUUGAAGUAAUAUACACUUUUCAUAUUAGAUUUCUUUAGAAAAGGCAUUUGAAUUAUUUUAAUCGAUUUUCACCGUAUAUAUAUCGAACCUUUUUCGCAAACAUCGAAUUACAAUAUUAGUAAACUCCACUAACUACAUUUUGUAUGCAGCUUUUUGUAAAAAUUAAAGCCAAUUGAAUAUGAAACAAACAUCAGUAUUGAAAGUCAUAAAAAUCUAUAUUUAA